AUGCACGGUAAACAGGGGAGGCAAUGGAGAUCGAUUUGCAAAGGACUCAUUCUGGGUACCUUGCUCACCAGCUCUAUGAUCCUGCUCUACUGUAUGUCCUCCCCCCAGAUCCAGUUCAGCUUUCCAGAAGUUCCCGUGCCUUACUCAUGUGCUCAUCGGCCAGCCCACGGUCGCACCACCCCGGGAGCGAACUCUUCCCAACGCGGAGCGGAGCAGUGUACCCCGAAGGUGGACAUCAUGUUUAUGAAGACGCACAAGACCGCCAGCAGCACGCUUCUCAACAUCCUCUUCCGCUUCGGGGAGAAACAUCAGCUCAAGUUCGCCUUCCCCGACAGCAGGAACGAUUUCUUCUACCCCUCCUUUUUCCACCGUUCCCAAGUCAAGGAUUACCGACCCGGCAUGUGCUUCAACAUCAUCUCCAACCACAUGAGGUUCAACGCGGCGGAGGUGUCCAAGGUGCUUCCCGCGGACACCUCUUACAUCACCAUCCUUCGAGAUCCCGCCGAGCUCUUCGAGUCUUCCUUCCACUACUUUGGACGUCUCGUACCCUUCACCUGGAAAAUCCCUGGGGACGAUAAACUGGGAGAGUUCCUAAGGGAUCCAAAGCUUUAUUUUGAUCCAGAGGGUUACAACUCUAACUACCUCAAAAACCUGCUGUUCUUUGACUUUGGUUAUGAUAAUACUCUGGAGCCCAAUGACUCGAGGGUGGACGAGGGCAUUCGGGCCAUCGCUAAACGUUUCCAGUUGGUCAUGCUAGUGGAACACUUUGAGGAGUCGCUCAUCCUUCUGAAGGACGCUCUCUGCUGGGACAUGGACGACCUUCUGUUCUUCAAACUCAACGCCCGCAAGGGCUCCACGGUGUCCAAGCUGACCCCGGAGCUCAGGGCCAGGGCUUUGGAGUGGAACGGAAUUGACCGGAAGCUCUAUCGGCAUUUCAACAAGACCUUCUGGCGAAAAGUGGACGCGUACGGCCGAGAGCGCAUGGCGCGCGACGUCGCGGAGUUGCGACGUCGGAACGCCGAGAUGGCAGCUAUUUGUAUUGAGGGUGGAGGUGCCGUGGACGCCGGGAACAUCCAAGAGACGGCCAUGCAGCCGUGGCAACCGAUUGGCGAGAAAUCCAUUAUGGGCUACAAUAUGAAAAAGAAUGUCGACAAGGCGCAUCGUAAACUCUGCCGCAAGAUGCUCACGCCAGAACUGCAGUACCUGACAGACCUUGGGGUGAAUUUAUGGAUUACAAAGUUGUGGGGUCAUGUGAGAGAUAUCCUGAACUGGUAAUUUUCGGG